AUGUCCACACUUGAGACUGAGGUGACCUUCCGUAAGCGCGCGGAAGUGAGUCAGAAUCUGGAGGCGCAGUUUCGAAGUUCCUCAACGGAUUGCAUACUAAUCACAGAUCAUCGCACCUCCAAAAGCAAGAGCCUCGAGCAAUUGGAGGCGGCCAAGCUGGACAAUGAAGCAGCGCCUUCGUGUUGCAUGAGCUAUGCGAGAAAUGCAUGUCGCAUGAAGACGCUUAAGAAGCGGCUACCCAUAAUUGAGUGGCUACCCAAGUACAACAGGAAGGAUGCCAUUGGCGAUCUUAUAGCCGGAUUUACAGUGGGACUAACGGUCAUACCGCAGGGAUUGGCAUACUCGGGCGUGGUGGGCUUGCCCGCGGAGUCUGGUCUUUAUGGCUCCUUCUUGGGCUGCUUUGUGUACGUUCUGUUGGGGACCUGCAAGGAUAAUACCAUUGGCAGUACCGCCGUGGCCUCACUUAUGACAUAUCAGUUCGCACAGGGCUCCUGGGCGCAUUCUGUGCUGCUCACUUUUCUCACUGGCUUUAUUGAAAUUCUGAUGGCCAUCUUCAAGCUUGGCGCUUUGGUGGAGUUUGUGUCGGGUCCGGUGAGCGCGGGCUUUACCAGUGCCGUCUCCCUAAUCGUGCUUACAUCCCAGAUGAAGUACAUUUUGGGUGUAAACAGUGAAGGUGGCUCGUUUCUGCAAAGCUGGAUUAGCAUGUUCCGUGACUUGGAAAACUUUCGCAUUUGGGACAGCUGUCUGGGCUUUGGCUGCUUAAUACUCCUGCUGGGCAUACGCAGCCUCAGCAAACUACGCAUUGGUCCAAAGGAAAAGUGCGAACGUAGUCAGGUGCAGCGUGUGCUCAACGAGACAAUCAAAUUUGUGGGCGUCACCCGCAAUGCCACUGUUGUCAUUGGCGCCACUUUGGUGGCCAUGUAUCUGGAGGCUAACAACAUGAAUCCGUUUCGCUUGACAGGCUACAUACCACCAGGCUUGCCAACCAUUUCACUGCCCAAUUUCACGGUCGAGGCGCAGCCGGGAAAUGCUACAGCUGGCAUAUCCCCUGUUCCCGGCCAAAGCUUUUUCGAAAUGGUACAUAGUCUAGGCUUUGGCCUGGUUAUAGUACCGAUCAUAGCGCUGCUGGAGAACGUGUCUGUCUGCAAGGCAUUUGCCAAGGACAAACAAAUCGAUGUCAGCCAGGAACUGUUUGCCACCGGCGUGGCUAAUAUGGCCACCUCACUGAUGAGUGGCUACCGAAGCAACGGUGGUCUGGCGCGCUCUGCCGUCAACAAUGCCAGCGGCUGUCGCACCAACAUGUCCAAUCUUUAUAUUGGCAUCAUCGUGAUGCUAUCGAUCAGUUACCUCACCGAGUACUUUUACUUUAUACCGAAAGCUGUCCUCGCUGCUAUCAUCAUAUCGGCCGUAGUCUUCCAAGUACAGUAUCAAAUCGUAGGACCUAUGUGGCGCAGCAAACGCUCUGAUCUUGUACCUGGUCUGCUGGCGUUCAUCACCUGCCUCGUACUUCCCCUGGAAAUUGGCAUUGUUGUGGCUAUUGGAGCCAAUCAGCUUUACAUACUCUACCAUGCGGCGCGGCCUAGGGUAACGCUGGAGCAACUGGAGACGGAACAUGGCAUUAAGUUUAUAAAGAUUACGCCCGAUCGCUGCUUGAUAUUUCCUUCAGUCGAGUUCGUGCGGAAUAUGGUGCUCAAGUCCGGCAGUAGAACCACGCUGCCCAUUGUCAUCGACUGCACCUACAUUUUUGCUGCCGACUUCACAGCCGCUAAAGUGAUAUCUUCCAUGGUGGAGGAUUUCCAGAGACGUCAUCAAAAGAUCAUCUUCUUCAAUCUUAAGCCGAGUGUUGUCAGCAUUUUCGAAGGACUCAAUACCAAGUUGGUGCUCUGCUACAAUACCCAUGCUCUCAGUCUGGAGCUUUUGCCACAUGCUGCUGAUAAUCUGUCGCAAUCGGUGGACUCGCUGGACACAGGCACCUGUACAGGUGAUUGUGUGAGCAUGACGAGCACUAGCACGCUUUCCCUGGCAAGAAUCUAG